UUAAUUUUUUUUUAACAUACCGAAGUAAAAUUUUGCUGUUUAAGAGUCCACUUGACCCAUUAAAAAUUUCUAGGUCGUGUAUUUUCUUUUAAAUAGCCAUUUCUUAGGUAAAACUUGUGUAAAUAUAUUUUAUUACUUAAUAUUUCUUAUGAUUUAGAUUCUUGUGCCUUAAAAGAAAUUAGCGUAGUCAAUCGUAUUCGAGUAAAACCCUGAAUUAUUGAGCUGCUAUAAUGGCGACAACUUUAAAACCAUAUUUAUCUGUAGUAAAACAUACAUUAGAUGCUGCCAUAUGUAUAAGUCAAUUUUACUCACAAGUUGUUGAGCGUCAUAGUAAACCAGAAAUUGAAAUGCAAACUAAUAGAGAAUUAAUUUUGACACCAGUACUAAUAAGUCGCAAUGAACGUGAACGUGUAUAUAUUGAAAGCUCAAUUAAUUCUAUACGUGUUAGUAUAGCUAUAAAACAAUGUGAUGAAAUAGAAAGAUUACUUUGUGAUAAGUUUACUAGAUUUAUGAUGAAAAGGGCUGAGAACUUUUUCAUUUUAAGAAGGAAACCUAUUGCUGGUUAUGAUAUUACAUUUUUAAUUACCAAUGUUCACGUAGAACAAAUGUACAGGAACAAAUUGAUUGAUUUCAUAAUACGAUUUAUGGAAGAAAUUGAUAAAGAGAUAAGUGAAAUGAAGUUGGCUAUAAAUGCAAGAGCACGUAUUUGCUCAGAAGAAUUUUUGAAACAUUUUUAAUUAAAAAUUGUAAAUUUUUUUUUUAUAAAAUAAUUUUUGAUACUAUAAAACGUUGUAAACAAACCUAUAUUUGUAGUUAUAAUAAGUUUAAGCUAUAAAUAAUAUAAUAAUAUCUAAAAAAAAUUACUGAAAAGAAUUAGUCAAUUAUAAAUAAUUAUUUUAGACAUUUUCUUUUUAUGUUCAUUUGCUUUGUUAUAAUAAUUUUAUAACUUAAUAAUUUUUAACUACUUCUGAUGUAUAAUUUAUGAUGAUUUAAAUAUAAAAAUUUUGGUUUAAAUAAUAACCUAGCUAUUAAUAAAUUAAUUUUUGUUAAUGUUAUGUUUUUUAAUUUAAUUUAUUUUUAAAUUAGUAGUAUCCCACACAUUGGGGUAAAUAUUACCCUUUGGAUUUAUUUUUUUUAUUUUAAUUUUAAAAUAAGCAUUUAUUUUUACAAUUUUAUGUAUUUUAUUAUAUAAAUAUUUUCAAUUUUGUUAUUUUAUAUUCAGUAUUUUAAUAUUAUUUUAAACUAUCAUAAUUUAUUGUUACAAUACCAUUCUUUAAAAUACCGAACUGAAAAAAUUAAAUUUUUAUUAAUUUAAAGAAUAUUAUUUAUACUUAAUAUCUGAGUUGACUUUGCCAAUUAGGUUCAUAGUUAAUAUUUUAUUUAUUAUGUUAAGUUUACCAUUCAUUUUAUGAACUGUUUAAUCUAGUUGAUAUUUUUAAUUGAAAUUAGUAUUGAAUAUGAUAACAGUUCAAUAAUAACAAAGUUUUGAUCAAAAACAAAAUUAACUUAAUAAAAAAUGGUUUCAAUUUUUUUAAAUAUAAUAAAUUUCAAUUAUAUUAUUACUAAAAACUGAAUUAGUUUUGAAAUUUAAAUUAAUAUAAUUCAUACGUAUUUUUUUUACUUAUCUAUAGUUUUUAUCUAUAAGCUUCAUUUAUAAUAGUUACACCUUCUAUUAAAUAAAAAUACAGUUCAUGACUAACAACACAAGGGCUAUUUUAAGCUUCAGAAUGCUAAAAAAUUGUAAUUUUGUAUUAUUACUGAUUUAAAAUUUGUAAUUUAAUAAGUGUUAAAACAUGUAAUUUUACAUAUCUUAUAUUACAAUAUCUUUAAUAAUGAUGAAAAAUUAAUAAUAUCCUCAUUAAUGAUAUUAAUGAUCUGGCAAACUAAUAUGAUUUUAAGUCCACUUUCGGUAAACAUUAUCAUUACAAUAAUAUUAUUUGAAAACAAUAUUUGACAUUUAUUUUUUAAGAGACAUAAAUAAUGAACUUAUGUUUUGAUAUAUUUAGUUUGACCCAAAUUAAAAUAAUUUUUUAUAACUAUUUUAAGGACAUUUGUGAUUUAAACCAUAAGUAGUACUAAGAAAAACUACUGUUGAUCUUGAUCUGUAGAAAUAUUGGACUAAUACUAGCAAGUAUAAGACUAAAAUAUUAAAUUCAAAAUUACAAUUUAAAUUAUACGUGCAAAUACAAGACAUGAAUUAUUUU